GCAGCAGUGCCAGUGCCCCCGUUGAUCGCCGUAUUCGUGAUACCUCUGUAGCCAUGGCCACGCGAUUCUCGUUCGGUCGCGGUGCUUCACACCUGCAGCAGCCAGCCAGCGGGCGUACGUACGUACGUACAACGGUACAAGGUGCGUACGUACUAUUGUGGUGAGCAGGGAUGGGUGGUGGAGUCAGUCGCCGUCCCGUCUUAAGAAAAAGGUGGCGCCUUUUUUUAUGUCCAUCCAUCCGGUGGCCAUUCUUCUCGGGGAUCAAUAUAAGCGUUGGCCUCCGGCGGUUCUUUUCUUCCGAGACCACCAGCGCACGCCCGCACGCACCCACCGCUCACCCACCACCAAGCAAGCAAGCAAGCAAGCAAAGAAAGAAACGCCCGCGGGCGCGCGCUCGCGGUGGUGACCAUGGACGCGCCGAGCGCCACCGCCAAGCGCAAGCGCUCCUCGUCCUCCUCCGCCGCGGCCGCCGCCACAGCCCCCGUCGGCGUCGACGACGUGUCGGACGCCGAGGUCGAGGAGUUCUACGCCAUCCUGCGCCGCAUGCGGGACGCCUCGCGGCGGCUCGUCUCGGGCGGGGUCGCCGCGGCCACGGCCCGCGCCGCCCCGGCCCCGCGCGCGCCCGCCUGGUGCCCCAGCUUCUCCUGGGAGGACUUCGCGCCGCCCGCCCCGCCUCCGCCGCCCCAACAGCAGAAGCAGCAGCAGCGGGAGCCCGCCGACGAGCGCGUCGCCGAGAACGCCACGCCGCCGCGGCGGCCCGUGCGCGGCCUCGACCUCAACGCCGAGCCGGAGCCCGAGGUGCAAGCCUAGAGUAGAGCCGCACGGACGACGACGAGGACCCCCGGCCUGGCCGCGACCCCGCAGCACGCGCGCGCGCGCUGGCCGGCGGCGAUACUCUCUCCUCUGUGCCGCCACCCACCGGCCGGCCAGCCGGCCGGUGCUUAGCGAACUGAUCAUCACCAUCUGUUAAUUACCUUACCCCCCAGUGGUAAUUCGGUAUGUUUAAAGGAACACUGUACGAGUACUACUCCUGCUCCUGCUUGCUUUCUUCAGAGACGUAUCAAGACUCCAUUGAUUUCAUUACUCCGAUGUCCGAUCCAUAUAAUUUGUCACCGGUUUAGUACAAAAUAGGACGAAGUACACAUGCAAGGGUUAUUGGUGUACCGUUGCCCAAUUAUUGGUGCAUGAUUAACUUGAAUGGGUUUCUAGCUUAA